CUUGCGAGCGCGCCUUCGACUUUGGCUUGCGCACGCUCUCUGACGGUGAGCGCCAGUUCCAAACUUGAGUUUCACCGUUAACCCAAACAAACAAAUCGCUAAAUUGUGUAUUAUCGAGUUGCGGAUCCGAGUGUGUACUUUCCUCGUUUGAUUGUGUCUGUGUUGUGGGGUUUUUGGUGACCUGACUUGACCGAAGCAACCCUGGACCUAUUAAAAUUAGAUGAUCUGACCCAAUUGUGCCUGGAAUUAUUUUUAUUUACUCCUAUUGUGUGUGGUGUUCAGUGCAGUGGUUUUUUUUCAGUGCGGAUUACACCCUGGAUACGUUUAUUUUACAUGGAUUUGAGACUUAAGGGAAUCCCGUGUUCAUGUGUUGGAGACGGUUCGACAUUCAUCGAGACAUUUCAAGAUCACUUUUGAUACGACACCAGUUCCAAGUAGGGUAGUAGCACUUAAUCGCCUCGAAGUAGAAAAAAAGGGGGUAGAAAAUAAUUGCGGGGGAAUAGGGGUCCUCCAGCCACAUCGUGGCGGGGACUCACGUCCUAGGGGCUCAGGCGCCUAUGUCGCUGGCGAUGCCCUUUAUCGAUAACGAUCUAUUAUGGAGUUCUGAUCAUGAUGGUAAAAUGGUCGACUUAUCUUCUUGCCUUCAAGAUGCUUCCGUACCUGUGGGACAACAAACAACAGCAGGGAUGGGUCUGGGUGAAUUGUCACAAUCUGACCUAAGUUCUUUAGUUCCUCCUUUACCAGAAGCUAAUAUCGCCGACAACGACGAGAUUUUUAAGCACUUGUCUGAUACGACUUCCAUUGAAAUAGAUACUCUUUUAAAUGAAUUUAACCCAACUCCCUUUAUUAAGCAGGAAGAAAACAACAAUAUCCCCAACUGUCCCGAUGAAGCUUCCGGUGGUUCUGCCGCUCACCAAAAGAGUGCGCAAGUGAUGCUGGAAAUGCGUUCUUUGAAAUACACGAUUGCUGCAGCAAAUCCGAUUCUUGCCGAGAAACUAGCGACACCCAGUGAGCAAAACGUACAACAGAAUGACAACAACGGUCGACCGCAGCUGGCGCCACUGACACCGAAAGUCGAAAAAGUUGAUAAGGAGCAAAACAACUACUUACAUCAACUACUUUCAAGACAGCGUACAGACCUCCAGCAUCCCUCAUUGUGUGAUUAUGGUAGAAGAAAGUCAGUGUAUCCCACGACAACCACCGGUUCGUUGCCGCCGAGUCCAGCAGAUUCAGGCGUUUCAGACGUGGACAGUUCAUCCAGCGGUCACACAUCAACCGACGAGUUAAAAGCGAGAUUACAACCCUCGAUACAUUCUCCUGUAGGAAAUUUAUUUUCAAGACACCCAUUGUCGUGGACGUCGCCUGCCCAUCAUGGUCAACGAGCGCCCAGUCACAUGCCCCAGCAGUUCUACCAGCCCUUCACAUCCAUACCGGAUUCGUACAACAGCUACCUUCUCCAGCAGCACCACCACGUCCAGCAGACCCAGAUGCACCACCACAACAGCACCGCCUCCCCCUUCACGACGCCCUCUCCCCCCUCCCCGCCCAUGCGCCACGCCAUCCCCACCUCGGUGAUCCAGGCGGCGACAUCUAGCGUGUACGAUGACGCCUACAUGCUCGGUUUCUCCCCCCGAAAGCUGAAGAAAGUGAAGAAGACGAAGAUGGGGGAGCCUGGCUCCGUCAAGAGGAAGAGUCGGGAGGGUUCGACGACGUAUUUGUGGGAAUUCUUGCUCAAACUCCUGCAGGACCGGGAGUACUGCCCGCGGUUUAUCAAAUGGACCAAUAGGGAGAAGGGGGUGUUCAAAUUGGUGGAUUCUAAGGCGGUGUCGAGGCUGUGGGGGAUGCACAAGAACAAGCCCGAUAUGAAUUAUGAGACGAUGGGGCGCGCCUUGAGGUACUACUACCAGAGGGGCAUUUUGGCCAAAGUUGAUGGGCAAAGACUCGUCUACCAGUUUGUUGAGGUCCCGAAGGAUAUAAUCGAAAUCGAUUGCACGGGGGCGUGAUUGCCUUAAUUAGACUUCUUCCAGUGAUGAGGAUCACUGUCUCGAAAGUACAACAUACUUAAAACACGAAAUUUAUUUAUUAGAAAUUAAUGUAAUUUUUAUUGGUGUAUAUAAUGACUCAACAAAGACAAUAUUAGAGUUGCAUACAACGAAUUUUUCGCACUUUGCACAUAAACCAACUAACGAGAUCUCAAUGUAAAGUGGAACACGAAUCACUGUCAUAUCUUCGUAAAUGGACUUACCUGAUACGUCAAUCAAGUUAAGUGUCUUGUCACCUUUACUGGACUGCUAGGAAGGUUGUGAUGUGAAUUAUGUUAUCCAGGUUGUGGUUAUUUCUAAUUAAACCAACAGAGAUUGUAAUUUUUAUACUUUACACUAUUUCAUACCCACUUAGUUUAGUCAAUUUUCGUUUGGCAAUGUUGGUGCUCUUGAUGGUCAAAAGUGCUGUUUCCAAAUUGUACAGUUGUUGUUUUGUUGACUCAAAGAUUUAAAUCGAUUGCAAUGUAAAUAAAAGUUUAUUGAGCCGUAUGGAUGUUGUUGCUUGUAUGAAAUAGUGAUAGUAAUUGUUAAUUAGAUUUUUAUAAAGUAAGAGAUAUUUAGAAUACUUAACAACGGUCCGAAGAUUUAAUAUGAAAUGUGAUAGAGAGGAUAAGUAUUUUGGAGACGUUUUAUAAAAUUUUGUUACCUAGUUUAGCAUAGGAAGGUCAGAGGUGCUCUUACAAGGCGAUGAGACUGUGCGGUGCCUGAAGAUUGACAAAAUUGUCGUUGAAUUGUCAAUAUUUUAGCUCUCUUGGAUGUAUCAUUGCAGAGUGUUCGGCAGAAUAAGCUUUGAUCUCAGAUGUACACGCAGGAAAAAGCAGAAUAAAAUUGUAAAUAACGCUGUUUUUGUACUUAUUGGGUUUCUUUAGUUUCGUGUACAUUCUGUAUAGUAUUUAUUUAAAUAAUGUCAAGAACUCACAAUACUAAGUUGUAAAUUUUCGUUGUAACGUUCUGUGAUUGUAUAUUUAGUUUCCUUUGUAAAGUUUUCGAAAUUUUCAUUGUAGUGAAUGUUAUUAACGUUGUACCUAAGGUCAAAUGUGUCUUGAAAUUUAACCCAACUCAGUGCGCAAUUCAGGACGAAAUUACAAUUAUAUUAUUAUUAAAACUAACCCAGGUCUCAAUCUCAGUGAAAUAAUUAUACAUAUGUGUAGAAUUAUUAACUAAAUGUACGCACAACAAACAAAAUAUAACAACAUUCGAAUUGUACGUCCAAAACAUAUUGUGAUAACUGUCGAAAUGCAUGCUGAUCACCUUAGCAUAGAUAUAUUUGUAACAUGUUUGUGAUACAUGUUCAGUGGUCUUAUAAACAUUUUGUUUGUUGCUGUUGAUUAUUUCAUUUCUCACAUAUUGUUUGUACUCAAUAAAAAAGAUUUGAAGAAAACUAACAUUUGUUGUAAAAACAGUUAUUAAUAAAUAUAAAAAUUACAACUAAAUAAAAAAAGAUUGGUGAUAUUGUCAAAUGUAGGAUAAUAAUGUUGACACGCAAGUUGUAUAUAUUAUAUUGUAUAAUUUUUAUUAUAUUACAAAAUACCUACCUAAGUAUCUACUGAAUUUUAAUUGAUUUCAAAUACAAUAUUGUAUAGUUUUAUUUAGCAUAAGACAAGGUACUUUUAUUAUAUAGUUUAUUGUAAUAUUUUGUCUUUACAAAAAUACGACAUGAAUAAAAUUAUUUGUGUUA